GGUGACCGCUACCUCAAAGUCGCGACUUGAACAAUUUGAUAUUGACACUCCCAUACGACGAAUUUUACACUUCCCCGCCGACACCAUUGUGGAAGCUAUUCGACUCUGCUCAAUGCACGGAGAAACACUCCAGAAAAAAAAAUGUCUUUAGAUGAGGAAGUGCUAGAGGCUGUCGCCAAAGAUGGAACUAUGGAUUAUGAGAGAUGGCCUAGCUUGCUAGACCCUUUAAUCGAACGACUCGAACAUAUAAUUCACAAUGACUUCCCGAUGCCCACCGUCCCUCCACCUUGGAGUGGAGCCGCUGAUAACUCAAGCCUUAUCCCCUCUUCCUAUUCUACACAAGAAGUAAACUCGCAGGCAAAUAGCAAUAAAGAAAAUGCUCCGCCGUCACAUCUACAGACUCCACCCCGCCGACCACCAGUUCCGACUUUUCCAUCCUCCGCCUCUAGCGAACGCAUUCCUGAUUCGCAACCACAGUCCGGUCCGACGGACGACGCCCUCCCUCCACCCCUCGUCGUGAUCCUCUCGUCCAUCAAAUCCACUCUAAAGACAUACUUUCCCGCAAAACCACCCCAUACAAUCCAGCGGCUGGCAGAGUUGAUACUACGGCCGACCCGUGACUACCGCACGUUACCAGCGUAUCUCCGUGCAGUCGACCGUGUCGUGUCGGUUUCCAGCGGAGCAGAUAUUUUCCCAUUACCGGUGUCCAUGCCUUUGCCUGGCGGUAUUAUUGAUACUAGCCUCGUCAACGGCGUCAACGGGGCAGGGGGCAGUAGUUUCGCGCUCAGUGGCAACAAUGCGCUGGGAAGCGAUGAGUCUCUUGGAGGGGCCCUUCUCACCCCGAUCCCGUGGCUGAACAAUGUUGAUCUUCCUGGAGGUGCGAGCUCGCCCGGUAGCAGCAGCCCGUCCUCCUCCGCAGUUCCGCCGCGAGAAUCCGGCGCCAUGACGCAGGGCGAACUCAUUCGGCAGGAGCAAGAGGCUGGCGUUGUUCCUACAACAGUACAGCAUGAGCAUCAGCGGCAACACCAGACAGCUUCGUCCCUGGGAGGUGAGGGGCGCGUGGCAGAGGCACAAGGGGAUGAAGUCGAGGAAGUGCCUCAUGCGAGAGGUCCAAAUAUUCUGGGCGUGAAGGAUAUCGGAUUGCAGGAUGGGAAGGGGCUGGAGAUGUCACUGUCGACCAGCCCCCCACGCACCGAUGUUGUUCGUAGUGGUAGUGAUUCAGCAGCAGAUUUGAAAGACACUUCACAAGGAGCUACAGUUAAUGAUCCCUCGAGCGGCCGUGAUUUGAAGGACGAUGCAGAUAGGGAUGCUGAUGGAGAUAUUUUCAUUGGCGAUAUACCUGAGAAGCCUGUAGAGGAGACCAACGAAGAUCAGCCAGGGCCUAAUACCGCUGCAAUGCUGUCAGACCCGAAGCCAGAGAACGAGGAGCUGACGAAGUCAACUAUGGAAACGGAUGAAGGGCCAAAGGAGGGCGAUACGGGAGGCUCUGGCGGUGACAAUCGGAUGGACACGUAAAACCAAUCUCGUGCUACUUUUUUCCUGUGCUCUGUUCCGUUCUGCUAUUUAUCGAACUGGCGUUUCUGGGUUUUUCUCCCCCUUCCUGCCUAACUGCUAUGUGGGAGAUUGCUUCCAAGGAUUUUUUUCACAGAAUGGAUUUGGAAGUAUGUGGUCUGAGUUUAGAAAUUUUCGCCCCCUUUGUAUCAGUUUCCCUAUUUCUCCCAUUCCCGAGCAUAUUGACGCAUAUCGAAAGCUGAGAAAUCAGGAUUUUAUUUGAUAAAGGUUAUGUUUCAAGUCCCAUAAAAAUAUAAAGGAAAAAAUCCCGCUCUUUAUAUAGAGUAAUUAAUAUAUACACCAAAAACAUAUGGGUAGAUGUAGUCAUAAGUCGUGCGUAACUAGUAAAUAUUACACAUUAUAUAGCAGAA